AUGAGUAACCUCAUUCCUCUGGAGUGUCUUCAGCUUAUACUCGAUAACUUAAAAGAUGACCUAUAUAACACAAGUUCUGCUGCAAACAGAUGCCUUUCUGUAAAAUGUCACUCUCAAGCAACUAGCUUACUUGAUGCUUAUAUUUCUUGUCUUAUACAACUCAACAAGGUCACUUUAGUCGAAAAAGGCAUUGUGUCUCUGUCAAUUAGACCUCCAAUGUUCAACUAUGUCCAAUUUUUAAAAUGUCUUGAUCUUUACGAAUUAUAUAUGGCUAUCUAUGAUUAUAAAGAUUAUAAAUUAAAUGGAAAAAAGUCUCGUUUUCCUCUAUCUCCAAAAUUUAAUAGCGUUCCAAGAAAACGACUUCCCCUAAAACUGGAUGGUACUCAUUUAGUAACCUCGGAUGAUUGUAGAUUAGUUUUAAAUUUUUUUUUUCGUGAAAAUUUGGGUUCUUUAAAUCAUAAUGAUGAAUAUCGUUGGAUGG